UCUUCCAAGUAACGUCCUGUUGACUUGUAAGGGUUGUGUCUUGUGGUUAAUGUGAGAUGUACUAUCAAUAGAUUGAACUGUAGGUGGGGUUUAUACAGGGGGCUGUGUAUAGAGGGGCCUCAACAUAUAAAGGGGCUUGUCUGCUUCCUAAGUCACUUUACCAAAUCCCAACACGACUUUUACUCUUCACAUCUCUACCACCACAAAUCAUGAAGACAUCUCUGGUCCUCCUUGCCCUCAGUCUGCUGGCUUGUUCAGUUUGGGAAAUCCAUGGGCAAUGCCAAGAUGACCAGGAAGUAGUGGAAGCACAGCUGGAAAAGCGCAUGCAGAAACAGCUAAAGUGGACCUGCGGGCCGUGUAAGCGGGCACUGAAGAAAGUGAAGGAAUCCAUCUCCACUUCCUCUAGCCAGGAGGAGAUAAAGCAGAAGCUAUUGUCCUAUUGCGGUAAAUUACCCUUAGUAAAAUCUACCUGUGAAGACCUGGUGAAAAAACACUUGUGGGUGGUGAUUGAUGAGCUUAACACAAGCGAUGGCAUGAGGGCCAUCUGUGUUAAAAUUAAGGCCUGCAAACCAAAGGAAGUUUUGGACCUGAGCUACUGACCAAGCAGCCAGUAUCCAGAUUCCAAAGUGAGAAGAUGGAUGUCCAGGUGUCAAGACAAUGCUAUGCUGCCAGCAUCUUGCUCUUUCUUUUUCAAACUAGUCACAACACAAGCAUAUAAAUGGAUGAUGAAAUUAUUGAAAUGAUUAUGUUCUGAAAUAAUGUUUUGGGAACCUGUAUUAUAAUUAAGGAAUAAGGCCAGAGGGGGUGUGGUAUUUGGCCAAUUUACCAUGGAUAAGGACUGUUCUUAUUCACCAUGCUAUGGGGAUUGCCUGGAUACAGCCCUUAGCUGUGGUAUAAUGGCCCUAUAACACAAACCCCAGAGGUGCCUUGUUGCUAUUACAAACAGGUUACCAAUGUAAUUAGAAAAGUAAGUAAUUUGAUUUGCGUCAUACCGUGGUAUGUUGUCUCAUAUACCACAGCUUUCAGCCAUUCAGAAUCCAGGGCUCGAAUGAUCCAGUUUAUAAAAGUGUAUGUGUCAGUCUUAGUCUUAAACUGCAGUACAUUUUGUAUCAUCUACAAAUGUAAAUCUUUUGCUAUUUUAGUCCAAAAUGUUGAAAUUGUUUAAUGUUUGUUUGAACUUUUUGUCCGGGCAAAAAAUAAACCUCAAUUGAUAGUA